GGCGCUGUAUAGAAAACAUGUGAUCCCCCAACUCCAGCAUAGCCCCGCCUUCUCCACAGCAUCAUCACAGGUCCUUCAGCCAUGAUCUCUUCUACCCUGCACAACUGAGCCCCGCCCCCGACAUGUUAUUUGUCACUCGAUGGUGACAUCAUCACAGGUCCUAUACCUCCUGCAUCUAGCCGGCUUUUGGUGCCCAUAAUGGCUGAGCAGGUGCCAGAGACUAUAAACUUCCCUGCAGAGGAGGAGAAGAUCUUGCAGCUCUGGAAGUCCUUGGACUGUUUUCAAGAAUGUCUCAAGCAAUCAAAGAAUAAGCCCAGGUACACUUUCUAUGAUGGACCUCCCUUUGCAACAGGCCUUCCACACUAUGGACACAUCCUUGCUGGCACCAUAAAGGACAUUGUGACCAGAUUUGCUCACCAGAGUGGUUUUUAUGUAGAGAGAAGGUUCGGCUGGGACUGUCAUGGAUUACCAGUGGAAUAUGAGAUUGACAAGACACUGGGAAUAAAAGGUCCAGAGGAUGUCGCUAAGAUGGGGAUUGAAGAAUACAACAAACAGUGUCGUGGAAUUGUUAUGAGAUACUCACAAGACUGGGAGAUUACUGUGACAAGGUUGGGCCGAUGGAUUGACUUCAAGAAUGACUAUAAGACCCUUUAUCCCUGGUUUAUGGAGACGGUGUGGUGGGUGUUCAAGCAGCUCUUUGAUAAAGGCCUUGUGUACCGAGGUGUUAAAGUGAUGCCGUUCUCCACUGCCUGUAACACUCCAUUAUCUAACUUUGAGUCCCAUCAGAAUUACAAGGAUGUACAAGAUCCCUCCGUUAUUGUCACCUUUCCCUUACUCGAAGACUCAACCGUGUCACUUGUGGCCUGGACAACCACCCCAUGGACCUUGCCCAGCAACAUGGCUCUUUGUGUUAAUCCAGAACUGAUCUAUGUUAAGCUGAGAGAUAAGUCUAAUGGGAAUGUUUAUAUUCUGAUGGAAGCCCGGCUGUCUGCCCUGUUCAAGACGGAGGCUGAAUAUGAAAUUCUGGACAGGUUCCCAGGCAUUACCCUUAAAGGAAAACGGUAUCGGCCUUUAUUUGACUACUUUGCCCAGGCUGCAGACAGGGGAGCAUUCACUGUUGUGUUUGAUAACUAUGUCAAGUCAGAAGAUGGUACUGGUGUGGUGCACCAGGCCCCAUACUUUGGCGCGGACGAUUAUAGGGUCUGCAUGGACUUUGGGAUCAUUCAGAAAGACUCUGUUCCUGUGUGCCCAGUCAAUGCCUCUGGCUGCUUCUCUGACGAAGUGACUGAUUUUGCAGGACAAUACGUCAAGGAUGCUGAUAAGAACAUUAUAAAGCUCCUGAAAGAGCGAGGCCGCUUGGUGCACAGCAGCACAUACAAGCACAGUUACCCCUUCUGCUGGAGGUCAGAGACUCCACUUAUUUACAAAGCCGUCCCCAGCUGGUUUGUUAGAGUUGAACACAUGGUGGACAGACUUCUGCAGAACAACAGUCAGUGUUACUGGGUUCCAGAGUUUGUAAGAGAAAAGCGUUUUGGGAAUUGGCUGAAGGAGGCUCGUGAUUGGGCCAUAUCCAGGAACCGGUAUUGGGGGACUCCAAUACCACUGUGGGUCAGCGAUGACUUUGAGGAGGUUGUAUGUGUGGGGUCCUUGGCGGAACUCGAAGAGCUUACUGGAGUUAAAACCACAGAUCUGCACCGUGAAAAUGUGGAUCACAUAACUAUCCCAUCUCGCUGUGGGAAAGGUGUCCUGCGCAGGGUCACUGAAGUGUUUGACUGCUGGUUUGAAAGCGGCAGCAUGCCCUAUGCUCAGGUGCACUACCCGUUCGAGAACAAAAGGGAGUUUGAAGACUCAUUCCCAGCUGAUUUCAUUGCUGAAGGAAUUGACCAGACUCGAGGCUGGUUCUACACCCUCCUGGUCCUCUCCAGUGCUCUUUUUGGUCAACCACCAUUCAAGAAUGUCAUAGUCAAUGGGCUGGUCCUCGCCAGUGAUGGUCAAAAAAUGAGUAAGAGUAAAAAGAAUUAUCCAGACCCCAUGCACGUGAUUAACAACUAUGGAGCAGAUGCCCUCAGGUUAUAUUUGAUUAAUUCUCCAGUUGUGAGAGCAGAAAACCUACGCUUUAAAGAAGAAGGGGUCCGUGAUAUUCUAAAAGAUGUCUUCUUACCGUGGUACAAUGCUUUCCGCUUCCUGAUGCAAAAUAUUUAUCGGCUGCAUAAGGAGGAGGGUGUCCAGUUUCUGUAUAAUGAGAGUUCAGCAAAACCAAGCAGCAACAUCAUGGACAAGUGGAUUCUGUCCUUCACCCAAUCUCUAAUCCAGUUCUUCAAAGCAGAGAUGACAGCUUACAGACUUUACACUGUGGUUCCCAGACUUGUGCGUUUUGUUGAUAUGCUGACCAACUGGUAUGUUCGUAUGAACCGCCGACGGCUGAAGGGUGAGAGUGGCACAGAUGACUGUCUGAUGGCCUUAGAAACCUUGUUCAGCGUCCUAUUCGCCAUGUGCAGACUGAUGGCUCCUUUCACCCCUUUCAUCACAGAAAUGAUGUAUCAGAAACUGAAACAGCUUAUAGACCCAACAUCUGUGCAGGAGAAGGACUCGCAGAGUAUCCAUUACCUGAUGCUUCCUCCUGUCCGGGAGAAUUUAAUUGAUAAGAAGAUUGAGAAUGCGGUUUCUCGGAUGCAAUCUAUCAUUGAACUGGGCAGGGUGAUUCGUGACCGGAAGACUUUGCCUAUAAAGUAUCCACUGAAGGAAGUAAUUGUAAUCCAUCAGGAAGCAGAGGCCCUUGAAGACAUUAAGUCAUUGGAGAAAUAUAUACUUGAGGAACUGAAUGUCAGAAGAGUAACUGUUUCUACAGAUAAAAACAAAUAUGGAAUUCGUCUAAGGGCAGAGCCAGAUCACAUGGUGCUUGGGAAACGUCUAAAAGGAGCAUUCAAGUCUAUCAUGGCUGCUAUCAAAGAGUUGAGGAGUGAGCAGCUAGAAGAGUUUCAAAAAACUGGCUCUAUAAUGGUAGAAGGACAUGAGUUACAUGAGGAGGACGUACGCCUGCUCUACACUUUUGAUCAAGGUGCAGGUGGCAGUAGCGCUCAAUUUGAGGCUCAUUCUGAUGCUCAGGUCUUAGUAUUACUUGAUGUCACUCCAGACCAGGCCAUGGUAGAUGAAGGAGUCGCCAGAGAGGUUAUUAAUCGCAUUCAGAAGUUACGGAAAAAGGGAAACUUGGUUCCAACUGAUGAGAUAACUAUUUACUACCAGGUGAACCCGCAGGGAGAUUACCUGCAGUCUGUCAUUCAGGGGCACACAGAUUUCAUUUUGGCCACUGUAAAAUCGCCUCUUAUUCCAUAUCCAGUUCCUCCCUUGUCCAGCAUUAUAAUAAAAGAGAAGACACAGCUGAAAGGGUCUGAUCUGGAGCUCACACUAGUCAAAGGUUCCUCUCAAACCAUGGAUGGUCCAGCCUGCGCCUAUGUCAAGCUGCAUAUAGCUGUUAACAGCGCAGAACAAAGUGGGUUCUUCUUGCUGGAGAACCCAAAAGGAACCACCAUUUCCAGCUUGUCUGAACUAAAAGUUGCAGUUUCCAGUAUUUUUCAGCUGAAGACUGUGCAUCUUUCAGUAUAUGAUGGAAACAAAGAAUUGGCCAGCGAUGUCAACCUCUUGAGUUUCAAUGGAAAGAACCUGUAUAUUACCUCUGGAAUUGCCCCAGUUGUGCCACAUCAUGGAGGCCAGCUGGACUGCCAGUAUGUCAACCUGAGACUGCUGAGCACCGAGACACAAGGAACACUUUUACUACAAAACCCAGUUGGCCAAAAUGCCUUGAACUAUCAGGGCCUGUACCAUGAGGUGGCCAGAGUGUUUGGGUUGAGGAGCCGGCGGUUCCGAUUGUAUCUUGAUGCAACAAUGAGUGGAGAGGUGACCCAGGGCAAAGCACUGCCUGACCUUCAUACAAAGACACUGUAUGUUCAUGUGCUCCCAACAACUGCUGAGUGUUAACAGAGCAGCUGCCUGACCUGUGUAAAGAAGGAUCCUGCUCAAAUCCCAGCAAUUCUGUCUCUAUUUAUUACUUGAUGUGACUGCCUUCUAUGUAUUUUGGCAAAUUCAGAGACUAAAAAUAAAAUUAUACUUUUUUU